CCGGACUGUACCUGAGGUGAUGGGCCGGGCCGGGAGAUGAGCAGCGGGCGGAGCGGGGGUGCCAGGGGCGCACGAGGAGGUCUGGACGCUUAGGCCACAUGUGUCGGGCCUCCUCUGUGUUCUGGUCCCCACCCACCCCCAUCCUCCCAGCAUCAGUGGGAUGUCCCAGGUGUGUCUCCUCUUGGCCUUGCUUAUGCUCUGCAGAUGCACAAAGGUCUCCUCUACUAACUCCCUGGUGCUUGUGAAGGAGCAGUGGAGCGGCUACAAAAACCAGUGCCUGGACUACCUCAACGCCACGCCCCCCGCCACAGGGCUGGUGUGUAACAGGACCUUUGACCUGUACGCCUGCUGGCCUGAUGGACUCCCGGGAACAACCGUCAAUGUCUCCUGCCCAUGGUUCCUGCCCUGGUACCACAAAGUCCCGCAGGGUCUGGUCUACAGAGUCUGCAGUGAAGAGGGUCAAUGGGCACAAAAGAAUACCAGCGAAUGUGAGGACGACCCUGGUGAGCAGCAGUAUGGCCGCAUCCUCAGUCAGUUACGGAUCAUGUAUACAGUGGGAUACUCGCUCUCCUUGGGAGCUCUGCUACUGGCUCUGGGUAUCCUCAUCACCUUCAGGAAGCUCCACUGUAUGAGGAACAACAUCCACAUGAACCUGUUUGCCUCCUUCAUCCUGAGAGCCGUGUCCAUCCUGGUCAAAGACACCCUGCUGACCCUCACACUGGACCCCAGGAGCGGCAGUGACACCCGGACACAAGCCUGGGUCAACAUACCGGCUGUUACGUGGUGUCGUGGUGCCAUGGUGAUGAUGCAGUACAGCGUAAUGGCCAACAACUAUUGGCUGUUGGUGGAGGGCAUCUACCUGCACAGCCUGCUAGUCAUCACCGUUUUCAGCGAGAGGAAGUACUUCUACAUUUAUUUGGCCAUUGGCUGGGGUGCACCACUCAUAUUUGUGUUGCCGUGGAUCACAGUGAAAUAUCUGUAUGAGAAUGAGGAGUGCUGGGAGAGGAAUAUCAACAUGGGAUAUUGGUGGAUCAUCCGUUCUCCUAUACUUUUUGCUUAUCUGAUUAAUUUCUUCAUAUUCAUAAGGAUUAUCAAAAUCCUGAUGUCUAAACUCAGAGCUCAUCAGAUGAGAUACACUGACUACAAGUUCAGAUUAGCAAAGUCCACUCUGAUUCUCAUUCCUCUGCUCGGGAUUCAUGCCAUCCUCUUCACCUUCGUCAUCGACGAGUCGGUCCCUAAAGGCUCCAUGCUGCGCCUCAUUCGCCUCUUCUGCGACCUGCUGUUCAACUCUUUCCAGGGCCUGCUGGUUGCCAUUCUGUACUGCUUCGUCAACAAAGAGGUGCAGUCGGAGAUGCUGAAAAAGUGGAGGAGGUGGAAACUGGGUAAGGACAUCGACGAGGAGUACCGCCACACCCACAGCCACACGCCACACAUCAAGAGCGGCAGCAUCGGCACCGGCAAUCUGCCCUAUCUCCAGGACAACAACGCCAGCGACCCCGGCGGCGACUCUCCUCGCCUCGACAAAGCUGACCCCUCCUGCUCCAUUCCACCCGAGGAGAACCGCAGACUAGUCGUCUCCUACAGCAACGGGACGGGGAAGAGUGGGACCGCCAAGAGCAGACACAGCCUGCAGUUCUCUUUCCUGCCACACCGAGGCACCGGCAGUAACGUCAGCACUGCCACCGAGGACGUGUGUCUGGAGGAGAAGGUGCAGUGCCGCACAAACGCUCUGGAAGGAGAGGAGACUAAUGUCUGAGGACACCAUUCUCUAAAGGCCUCGUCACGAAAACUGCCACUGAUUGUGCGUAUCGAUGUUUCGAAUCAGUGUUUGUCAUGCGCCAACAACACAGCCUGAGUGGGAAGAGAACGAGGAAUUACCCCACACAGAACAGGAUGUUUUAACCUGCCCGGCUGCAAAUUAAUAUUUAUUGGUUUUGGGACCUUGGGGGGAAAAAAGCACUUAUUGACUUCAGGCUUCAGGAAUGAUAAAUUACAUUAAAAAGAAAAUCUAGUGGUGUCCAGUGUGUGAGUGUGAGUGUGUGAGUGUGUGCGUGCGGGCAUAUGGAGGAGUGCCAUUUCGACCCUGCUCACAUCGCUCCACUGUUAUUGCUGUUGUCGUGGUGAGUCACGCUUGUGUUGUGUGUCUGUUUGCAGCAGUGGACACUCAUUUGUGGUACUUUCCUACAAAAAAAACUCUCAAAAGUGCCAAAAGAAAUUGUUUCUUUUUCAUUUUUCGUUUCAUGAAACUGAAUGCGGACUUCAGCAUUCAUGACUCGUGAUGUCUUGUUCAUAUCAGGAAGAAGGCAGAACUGAGAGAUUCAGGGCACGGACUGUUGACACAGUGUUGAGGCAGAAGAUGCUUUGAUCUUCAGAGAGACUAUAAAUGUUUAAUUUAUUCUGGUUUUAAAUGGCCAAAUAAAAAAACACGCCCAUGAUAGGUUUGCUGUCAAUUGGUUAAAGCAGGUAUCAAAUCCACUCUUUCAUGUACAUUCCUUUCCUCCCUGUUUUGUCUAUAAUAACCCCAUCCUUCAAUUUUUUUUAAACAGAUUUUCCUGACUGAAUGUAUAUGGACAAUGGAGAAAUAUGGUUGAAACAAUAUUUAAGUGUAUAUAUGUAAUUAGAAAUAAGCCCACAGGACCUGCAUUUCAGUCAUACAGUAUUCUGUAGAAUGGAGACAAACAGAACAAGAGGUGCUUUUGUACACAAUAUAAAAAGUCAUUGUAUGUGCCAGAAAAGUUUUUCAUUUCAUAACAUAGUGUGUUAAUAUAUUGAAUAUGUUAAUGUUUUGAAAAGAACGUGACAUUACCAACAGAGGAAACACCUGAUAUGGUGUUUCUUCUGCAGAUGGGAUCAUGGCUCAUAUUGCAUGACUCUGAAAGCAAAAUGUACAACACAGAACCACUUUUCAAUGUUUAACAUUUAAAUUCAUUUCAGAAAUGGACUGGAUAUAAUUAUUGGUAUUUUUUAAAUAUGAUUUCAGUCACACGAGAGCCAGCAGGGAUUUUUGACAAAGAGAUUUCCUAUGAACUUCUUGAUCAAGGAUUGCAAACAUAUAUUUAGUUUGAAGUAUAAGAGAGAGAACUGUACAUAAUACAACACUGAUACGAAUAAAUACCGGUAUUAUAAAGACAAGGACGUGUGGGUGGAGGGAUGUGUUGUUUUUUUGUGCUUUUGCUGGCAGGUGACUGAAAAAUGAGAGUAAACAUGACUUCUUGAGAAAAGACACAAAACGUGAUUGUAGCUGUUCUUUAUUUAAAAUGUUGCAAUUGUCAGGAGGGGCCGAAAACAAACAAUGUCAUUUUUUUAAUAUAAAAUCCUAAUUGUCUUAUAUGUCUCUGUGGAUCCAAUUAAACUGAAUUCUGUCCGCAUUGCGACACACAACACAUGCGAGAGAGACAUUAGUUUGAGUCUACUGAUCGCGAGCUGACGCACUUUUGACAAAUUUGUGAGCAAAGUAAGUAGAAAUGUUUGUACUUAACUGUCAUUUUGUGUCACGACAGAAAAUGUUCCAACAUUGGCUAAAAGAUUUGACGAAUAAAUGAAAUGAAUCAAUCUGUGUGUGCGUGCAUAUCAUAGUGCAAUUAUUCCACACCAUGGUUGACUGCAGACCAAUCAGCGGACUUACUAUCAAUCAACACGCACGUUUCCAACGGAGAUGACCGCGACAUGAAAUUAUAAUGCCCGCUCAGUCUGUUGCUGCGCAGAUGGUGAU